ACGAGGAGGUGGGAAUGCGAGACGCGAAAGGCGAAGGACCUGUGCAGCAACCGAAUUGGACAAAUGGUUUACGGCUUCGUUUUCUUUAGUGAUCACUGCAGAUAGAGCUUGGAUAUGUCUAAUAGUUGACAAUUUCUUAUAUAUUUUUUCUAUCUCCCUUUAUUUAUUCCAAUAUUCGUGGAAGACACCACGGACAAACCACUGGACAGUGGGGCUCUGGUCAUCUCGCAUCGCAUUGGGUAUAAAGGUGGCAGAGAGGAUCAUGGGAAUAUAACAGCUGUCAGAGGGUUGAGAUUGGCUAACUGACAGCUGGACUGCUGUCACUGCUCUAACCUUGGCAUUACCCCACCACCUCCCACCCCCACCCAGUAUGGCAGAUACCCUGGACAUGUCUGGCCCUUCCUCUCCAGAGCAGCAGAGAGCCAAUAGGAUACUCAGUGAGCCUCUAAGACGAAGCCUGAAGCGCUCUCAUCCCUGCUCCCUCUCUGAGUAUCUCAACAACACUAACAGACUAUCCCACCACCAUAGCUCCAGUAGUAUGGGUAUCAGGAGCCUCCUCCACCCUGCUGCAGCCCAGCAAAGGCCCACCCAGCCCAGGCAGACCAAGCCUCGCCGGGCCCCCUCCACCAACAUAGACCUCUGGGACUCCCCCAGUGGGCUUCACCUGGCACAUGCUGCAGAGCUGCUGAUGAGGGCUGGGGCCUUGACACUGACCCCCACACCCAGAGACCAGGGCCCUCUGGGCGGGCUGGGGGCCAGGGAAGCUGGGGUGGAAGGAGAGGAGGUGGAGGGUGGGUCCGGGGCUGAAGGGGACAGCGCGGGUUGUGUGACAGACUUCCUGCCACUGCUAGGCUGCUCCUGGUUCCCCUUGAACCCAGGCCUGUUUGCUCUGAUGGCAGGGGGAGGGGGGUUCCUGACUAGUGGUGGUGGGUCAAUGGGGAUGGCUGGCGUUGGGGAGGGUGUGGAGGUGUUGCAAGGCGAGAACUCGUCCCCUGGUGGUAGGGGUGGAGCCGGGAGAAGGAAGAGGAAGCGAUGCGGGGAGUGUGUGCCAUGUCGACGUACGGGGAACUGUGAAGAGUGCAGCGCCUGCCGCAACCGCAAGACCGGACACCAGAUCUGCAAGUACAGGAAGUGUGAGCAGCUGAAGAAGAAGGCAGCCACCGGGUUCGAGAAGAUGGUGUUUCCAUCAGGAGCAGCGUUUCCAUGGCUACAAUAGGAUUCCGCCCAUUGAUCAUGAACAUUGGUACUCUGGACCUACAAAGAAAGUCAAUUCAGCUGGCCUUGUUGGAUUGGCUUGGAGAGUACAGUACCUUCGACAAUCAAAAGCAUGAAGAUGAAAACACAAUGAAGAAAAGAGAAGUCAUACCAAUGGAUUUACAUAUUGUUGAGCCAACAUGAACCACCUCAUGAAGCACCUCAUGAAGCACCUCAUGAAGCACCUCAUGAAGCACAGAUUAUUGUAUAUGAAUAGAAAAUGUCAUUCCUUUUUAUAUUCCAUUUUUGGAACAUUUAGUCAUGGAAGCUUCUGACCUGGACGUUUCCAUAUAAGCCAAACCAAGAAGGACAGACUGGUCAUAAUAUGAUGUUUAGGUUUGUUUUUAUAUUCAUGUCACGGUUAAUAAAAUGAUGAGUAGUAGAUGUACUUAAGUCCUGAUUAGUGUCUAGUUCUUACAUCUCUACAGUCUGCCUUCUGAAUAAAGACAAGGAAA